AUGUCACCUGAAAUUAUUCUUGGUAAAGGCCAUGACAAGGCUGCUGAUUGGUGGAGUGUUGGAAUCUUGUUAUUUGAGAUGCUCAUAGGACAGCCACCGUUUCAUGGAGGAAACAGGGACAAAGUACAGAAAAAGAUAGUGAAAGACAAGAUGAAGCUCCCUGUAUUUUUGUCAAGUGAAGCACACGCCCUUUUGAAAGGGUUGCUACAAAAGGAUCCAAACAAGAGGCUAGUCAAUAGGGUAACAGGAAGUGAUGAAAUAAAGAAUCAUAAACUGGAAGAAACUGGAUGCACGUGA